CUCACCAGUAGUGCACAACGCGGCGCGCGACAGCCAGCGCAUUAGCUUCGGUCCGAAAAAAAAAACAAAUUCGAAUAUCGAACUCUACUUUUAUAAGCAACUGUUUUUAAGUUUAAAAAAAUGAUUCCGUCGUGUCAUCGUGCGGUGCUGAAAAGCUGUUCUUGGAUAAAAACUUGUGCUAUCUAAAGAUAAUCGUGUCGUGUCGAGUAAACAAGAAGAGCAACAUGAUGACUUCCUGUCUUCUUGCCGCCCUACUGACUUUCGUUGUGGGCCGCGAAGCGGUGUUAGCAGGCAACACACAUGACAUGCGAUGCGGUCGCCGGCUGGUCUCAGGCCUGUUCUCCCGGCCUAGACUGCCGCUCGGCUACUCCUACGUGACCACUGUCCCACGCGGGGCCUGCCGUCUCAACGUCACGGAGAUCAUAUCUAGCGAGAAUUAUAUUGCCCUAAAAAUCACAAAUGGAUCAUACAUAAUGAACGGAGAGUUUGCUGUGAGUGCUCCAGGAACAUACGACGCAGAGGGCGCACGGUUCAUCUACUCACGAGUAGCGGGGCUGGAUUCAGUGUUUGCUCAUGGGCCUAUACAUUACCCUAUUGAUAUUAUGAUACUUUACACCCAGCUAAACCCAAGCAUCAAGUACGAAUACUUCACCGAAUCACAGUCUGGCGAGUUAGACGCUGAAUCGAUUACAAGAUCGGCCCCUGAAUUACCUUCAACGAUUUCCCCCAAACAUACCCGAAGGCAUCACAGCCUGGACGGUUUUCCCAGACCUGUCAAUGUACCGCGAUAUAAGAAUGUAAAUGUUAUGCAAGAUGCAUAUUCGGGGGAGGAGUUCGAAGAAAACAUAGUUGGGGAUAGAAGAUUUAUCUGGAAAAUAUUGUCGUACUCCCAGUGUUCGAGAAAUUGUGGUGGAGGAUUCCAGGUAGGAAAAUUCCGCUGCGUUGAAGCUAGCAGUACUGGUGACAGGGAAGUAGCUCCGGUGCAUUGCACGGGUUCUUCGCCCGCAAGUAGACGACGACGGUGCGGCAACGUGUCGUGCCCGCCGCGGUGGCGCGCCGCCGUCUGGUCGCCGUGCCCCGCCUGUGGGCCCGCCACAAGGACGAGGAUCGUUGGAUGUGUCCAGGAUCAUUCAAGAGGCAUCACGAAAAUAAGCGAUCAAAAAUGCCCAUCACCAAAACCGUCUACAACAGAACCUUGCAAUAUCCCCGACUGUCCCGAUGUGCGGCAAGUGGACAGACGGGUCAAACGACCUCGCGAACAUGUCGAUGCGUUCCACGAAGGACCGGUGUAUUCCGUCGCCGUUAACGGUUCUGAGGACGAAAUCGGACCGGAAUACAACUUCAAUGCGGCGGCUAGUUGGCUGUUCACGGAAUGGUCGGAGUGUGUAGGCUGGUGUGUUGGCGGCGGUCUACAAACCCGCGGAAUCCGAUGCUCGGAUCCAUCGGGUUGCACCCCUAUGAGAUCUCCCGAUGCAUCACAAUCGUGCAGUCCGAAGAUAUCAUGUGAACCUCAGGAAGGACAUUGGUUUACUGGAGAAUGGUCUCCAUGUUCCUCAUCUUGUAAUGGGAAGCAGAUUCGUGGAGUCCUGUGUAUAGGAGGCACCGGUAGACACCUGAAAGAUUCUGGAUGCAAGACGCCGAGGCCGGCGCACGAGAGAAACUGUGAAGACAAGUGCACGCCUACUUGGUAUUUUAGCGAGUGGAGUCAGUGUGUUUCCAACUGUUCGUCCAACACUGGCGUCCAACGGCGUACCGUGUGGUGUGCGCGUGGCACGGGUGCGGCGCGCGAAGAUGUGUGCGUCACGGCGGGCUCGGGCGAGCGCCCGCCGGCGCAACGAUCGUGCACUCCACUGUGCAGUGUAACAGUAUCGCCGGAGUUUAUUGAAUCUCAAAAGGUAGCCAGAAGUGAUACAACAACUAGUACUACAACAACUACCACUACAACGGAAGGCACUACCACGCAGCAAUAUGAAGCAAAAGAUUGCGAAGAUAAGCUGAGCAACUGCGCCUUAGCGGUCCAGGCGCGUCUCUGCCACUACAAGUACUAUAUACACAACUGCUGUUAUUCUUGCAAAGGACGGUAGAAUGGCAUUUCGCCUGUUAUUAUAAAUG